AUGGAGAUAGAUACAUCAAAGUUAUUAGUGACUCAGUUGAAAACGAAUCUAAGAAAAUUAGGACUAUCAACAACUGGAACAAAGCCAGUAUUGCUUGAAAGACUAAACAAAUAUCUAUUUGAACAACAGCAACAACAAAAGAAGAAGAUAACAAACAAAGAAGAGGAAGAAGAAGAAGAAGAAAGUUAUGAUGAUGAUGAUGAUGACGAAAGCGACAAAGAAAAUGAUUACAAGAAGAAUUAUAAAGCAACAUUAAGUAACAGUAGUGACGAUGAUGAUAGUAGCAAUGAUGAUGACAACCAAGACGAUGAUGUAACUAGUUGUUUCUCUAAAUUGACAAUCACCAAACCUUCAUUCUUCCAACCAAUAUCACAAAAUAUAAAGGAAAAAGAAAAUGAUGAUGAUGAUGAAGAGGAGGAAGAUGAAGAGGAAGAGGAGGAAAUAGAUGAAUCACAACAAGAAAAAGAAGAAAAUGAAGAAAAUGAAUCAAAGGAAUCAGAGGAAUCAGAGGAAUCGGAAGAAUAUGACAAGGAUAUAAAAUAUAGUCAUAAAGAUACAUGUUAUGAAAAGAUAAUACCAAUUGAUGAAAAGAAGGAAAAUAGAUGUUUGGAAUUAGACAGUAGUACAGUGUUGAGAUUAUCAAGUAAUCUUCUCGACCAUACCGGCACAGACAAUGAAACCACCAUCCUUACAUUACCAGCCAAAAAGAUGAUGGCCAAGGUCCUCAAAGAUCUACGUCACCACACCUUUUCAUCUGUAUUAAAAUGUGCCAAACAACAUGUACAACAACAAGUUGAUGAUUGUAGUGGAAAACUCAAGUUGGUCGACGAUGAAAGUAUUCCAUCGUUAUUGAUAGACAGUACCAUUAUCAGGGACUGUGCCAGAGAGUGUUAUGGAAAUGGUGAUAAUUUGGUAUCGAAAAUCAUUCAAAAAUGGAAUAGCAAUCCGAAAUGGGAAAGUUAUGGAUCAGUGUUGCCGACCAUUGCUAGCAAGUCAACACUAAUCAAUCGAUGGUCAAUUGUCAACCAUGCAGACAACUUUUUCAACAAUGCCAAAACCUCUGUAAAUAUAACGUACCAAGCCUAUUUAUUCAUGACCAUUGCCAUUGAAAUCGUAAUGAAUAGUAUUUAUAAUGACAUUAUCGUCAAUUCUUCAACCAAAGAUAUUGGACUAGCAACACUAAAGAAAUCAUUGGAAAGUACAAAGUACAAUCAUGUAUUUAGACACUAUGAUUAUUCUGAAUUUAAAGAUUAUGCAUGGAAUCCAACCAACUAA